AGGGCUGGACUCAUGUUGUUGACCUGAAAAUGGUAUGCUCAGCUACUCCUGAUCCUCCUCCGUCCAUUCAUUUACUCCAGAGGCUCGGCUUGUUUGUUGCCGGGGGUUACGCUUGUUGCUGGGCACAAUGUCGGAGCACAUGCAGCUCUCUCUUGCCUUGUGCAGGAUUGGGCUUUACACGUGUUUCCGGGCACUGUGCUGUAAAGGACCCCCGCCGCCAAGACCAGAGUACGAUGUGGUGUGCAUCGGCCUGACAGGUGCUGGAAAGACCAGCCUGCUCUCACGCCUCUGUAGUGAGGGCAGCGACGGCAUCGUCCCCACAACAGGUUUCAGCAUAAAGGCAGUGCCAUUUCCAAAUGCCAUCUUGAAUGUAAAAGAACUCGGAGGAGCUGAAAACAUCAAGAAAUAUUGGAGUCGUUACUACCAAGGAUCACAGGGCGUAGUCUUCGUAUUGGACAGUGCUUCAUCGGAUGAGGAGCUCGAGGCAGCACGGAACGAGCUCCACUCGGCCCUGCAGCACCCGCAGCUCUGCACACUGCCCUUCCUCAUCCUCGCCAACCACCAGGACAAGCCUGCAGCGAGGACGACCAACCAG